AUGGAAUGGGUCCUGGACGACAAUGACAAUGGAGGAUACGCCGACAGAGAGAGGGAAGUGCGCGAGAUCUUUUGGAAAGAUGGAAUGAGACUGUUCAUUGAAGAAGGAGGUGGAGUUGAACUCCGGUCGCACAUUGUCGAAAUUUUUCCAGAUUCAGGGCUGAACAAGCGCGCCAUCAACCAUGACGUUCGCGCGGAAAUCAAUGCAACGAUCAAAGACGCUUUUCUAUUCGAUUCGGAUAUACUUGAAGGAACAGUCAUCGGGCGUCACCUGCCCACCGAGGCUAACCCCACGCCCAAGCUGUACCGCAUGCGCAUCUUCGCGCCCAACACCGUUGUGGCCAAGUCGCGCUUCUGGUACUUCUUGACCCAGCUCCGUAAGGUCAAGAAGGCCAACGGUGAGAUCGUCAGCCUCAACGUGAUCAGCGAGAAGCGCCCUCUCAAGGUCAAGAACUUCGGUAUCUGGCUCCGCUACGACUCUCGCUCCGGUACCCACAACAUGUACAAGGAGUUCCGUGAAAUGAGCAGAACCGAGGCUGUUGAGGCCCUCUACCAGGACAUGGCUGCUCGUCACCGUGCCCGCUUCGGCUCCAUCCACAUCCUCAAGGUUGUCGAGAUCGAGAAGGCCGACACCAUCCGCCGCCCCUACAUCAAGCAGCUCCUCCAGAAGAACCUCAAGUUCCCUCUCCCCCACCGCUCCGCCAAGCCUGCUGGCAAGAAGGUCUUCGCCUACUCGAGACCCUCUACCUUCGCUUAG